AAUAUAGAAGAAAAAAAUAUAUUUCUCUCAAAGAAAGCAAAACUAGUGGCUGCCGGUUUUUCUGUUCCUGAAUGCAAAUCUUUGUUGCUUGAGAUUUGAGAAUGAAUCUUGGGUUCAUGCUAAUCAAAAUUCAGAGUUGGCUGCAGCAGCCAAAGGUAUGGAGAUUUGUGUGCUUUGUUUCAUGUAUUGUUGGACUGUGCUGUUAUGCCCUCGGCUCCUCUUUCAAUGAUUUAUUCGGCAAGUGGAGUUGGUGGAAGAUAUUACUUUACAUUGUUGUUAGUUCUAUUAUCUGCCUUGCUGUCUUGUUCACAAUGUCAUGGCAGGGCUCCACUUCUCUCCCGCUGGAAGCUAAUAUUGGCUUUUUGGUUUUGAUGAUCACUUGUGUUUACUCAUUUUUCUUUGAUAAAGUGGUGAAAGGAAAACCAGAUGCAUAUAGUCUGCUUUCAAGUGCUGCUUUUGCUAUCAUGUCUGUAAGCUUGUCAAGACUGAGCCACUGUGGAUUUGAGGUUGAUCUCUUGUAUUUUUUCAGUGGGCUUCUAACCAUUCAACUCAUGAAAAUAAAAUUGUGGUUAGUUAUUGUUGGAGGGAGUUUCAGUUAUUCUCUCAUCAAACUUCGUUCCACGUUGAAUGUUCAUGUUUCACUGAUACAUAGGGAUCUUGAACUCCAAGUCGUAGACGAAGACAUUGAAAGCGGAUUACUACUUUCAGCAAGAAGCAGUGCUUCCCAAUCCCAAGCUAUUAUUUCACAAGCUGAUGUCCCUCUAGAAAAUGAGGAUCUAGCAAUCCUACUCACUCAAAUCGGUUCAGAUUCACAAGACCGUGAUAUAUUUGACUCCAAAAGUUGGAAUAUAGAGAGAGAAUUGGCACAGCAGCCGGAGCAGCUUUUAUCUUCUUUUGUCGAGCUUAUCUCGAGUGCAAGUUCCAUUAAACGUGCUGCAAGAUUUCAACCGCUGAUUAAGUCUUGCACAGUAAUUGAGAAAGAGAGGAUCAAAGAAAUUCUCAUUGCACGAUUCAUGGCUCGUAUAAAGGCACUCAAGAAGAAGAAUAGUAGUGUUAUCAGCAUGAUUUCCAAGCACGUAGACACAUGCCUUAAAGUUAAUAUUGUCGAUACAGACCUGAUUCCCGUGCCACAACGGGAUGACAACUUGGUGUUGGAUGCGUUGCAGUUUGGAGAUGAUGACAAUACUUUCGACGACCUGCGUGAAACCGCGAAGCUGAUGGUGAUGGCAGGGUUUCAAGAGGAAUGCUGCGCAGCGUACUGUAGUUGGCGGAGGGAGUUUCUGAAUGAGACUCUCUCCACAUUUGGAUUGCAAGUGCAAGACAUUCACAAGAAAGACAAAGCUCAGUGUUUGAUCAAAGCUUUGAUCGUAGCUGUGAGGAUACUGUUUCCCUAUGAAAGGAGACUCUGCGAUCGGGUCUUUGGAAUGUCCAACAUUUCCUCCGAUUUUGCUUUUACAGAUGUUUGCACGGAAUUAGCUACAUCUCUACUAAGUACUGUCGAUACCUUGGCAGAUUUGAUCCCUCAUGCAUUGGAGGAGCUCAUGUAUGAAUUCGAAACACUGUUUUUUGGUAAGUACAGUAAAUCGCUCAAAAUUGAUGCACGCAAGGUUCGGAAGAGUUUGGGCAUUUUAAUGGAUUCAGAGAAUGUUCUUACUUAUUGCGGCCACGGGCUUCUUCCGGUUACCCUUCAAUUGUCGAACUAUAUUCGUGAUAAUUCCAUUCAAACAGCAAGUGACCUUAAGCAAGAUUCAGAUGGAAUGCUUUCACCUUCCAUGCAAUUAGUCAUGCUAACAAGGCUGUUCGAGAGGAGUUUGAAAGUUAACUCCAAAAAUUGCAAUAACCCUACUUCGGGUUAUGUUUUCAUCCUCAACAAUCGAAGCUACAUACACCGAGACGCAUAUAUGCAUCAACAGACAUCUAAUUUCUAUUUUUGGCUCAGAAAAAACAAAACAAAAAUCGAAAAAUACCUUCAACUCUAUCGGAAGAGCUCAUGGACAAAGAUUCUGAACAUUUUGAAGCUGGACAUGGAUGAGUCAGAACCUAAUGCUGCAGCCGAGUUAAUGAAAGAUAAGCUUCGUUCCUUCAACGAACACUUUUAUGAUAUAUGCAACGAUCAGUCUACGUGGUUUGUCCUUGAUAAGUUGUUAAGGAAACGGAUGAUAAAUUCCAUAGAAAGCAUCUUGUUGCCAGCAUACGGAAACUUCAUUGGGAGGUUGCAGGAUUUUCUUGGUAAUCAUGCUUACGAGUUUAUUAAGUAUGGAAUAAUUGACAUUCAAGAUCGACUCAACAAUUUGUUUCUUGUUACGGAGUAGAUGGAUCUCGUCAUGCCAGAAGAAAGGAAACAAUAAUCGAGUUUGCUUAGAAUUUUAAUAAUUGACAUUUAUUAAGUAUGAAUGAUUACUUAUUAAAUAAAUGGUUACUUAUUUAUUUUGAACAA